AUGAAAAAAAAACUAAGGGAUAAACUUCCGACUGUUAGGCAAAAGGUUACGAUUGCGUGCGGCUCUUGCCGCAAGCGUCGUUCAAAAUGUAGUGGGCCGCCGUUAUGCCUACGAUGCAAGCAGAACAACCUUUCUUGCAUUUUCAUAACACCAACGAAUAAACGUGGUCCCCCUAAGGGGGUCCCUAAAAAACCUCAAGAAAAGAAGUGCGAGAAAUGCGAUCCAAUAGAGAUCACUCAAACGAAAACCGAAAUACAGGCGAAAUCUGAUAUUCCACAAGAUCCUCCACCGGAAGUUCAAUAUCCAUCAGAACCUUUUGUAUUAAACGG